AUGCAUCCCUGCAUCCCCAGGAAAAUUGAUUAUUCAACACUUCUACUUGGCCCGGGGCUUCUCCCCUCACUCAUAAUUCCAUUAAACAUCCUCCAAAAUGUCGAACAAACAAAUCAUCUAUACCACCCUCCGGCCCCGGCCAUCGACCCCUCUCUCAGCACUGGUACAUUCCGCCUAAAUACCCUCCCCAUCCCCAAAGAUGUCCCCACAGACAAGCUCCUCGUACGCGUACACUACCUCUCCCUCGACCCAGCCAUGCGCCAAUGGCUCACCGCCAAACGCUCCUACAUCGCCCCCGUCGAGCAAGGCGCCAUCAUGCGCGGCCAGAGCAUCGCCCAAGUCCUCGCCGUAGGCAGCAGUCUGAGCUCCAAAUACAGCAAAGGCGACUGGGUCGUCGCCAGCUCCGGCUGGCAGGAGUACGCAGUGGUCAGCGCGAAAGAAGCAGAAAAGAUAACCGUGCCAGCUGGCGGACGGCCCACAGACGCAAUGUCCGUGCUCGGCAUGACCGGGCUGACGGCGUACUUCGGCAUGGUUGAGAUCGCGCAGGUGAAGAAGGGAGACACGGUUGUUGUUUCUGGCGCUGCGGGCGCGACGGGCAUGGUGGCUGGCCAGAUUGCGCGCAUUAAGGGCGCUAAGCGUGUUGUGGGGUUGGCGGGUACUAAGGAGAAGUGUGAUUUCUUGGUUAGGGAGCUUGGUUUCGACUCUGCGGUCAACUAUAAGGAUGCGGAUUGGAGGAAGCAGCUUAAGCUCGCUACGCCUGAGUAUAUUGAUGUCUUCUUUGAUAAUACCGGGGGUGAUAUCCUUGAUGCUUGUUUGGCGAGGGCGGCUACUAACUCGCGCUUUGCUAUCUGUGGCGCUAUCAGCCAGUAUAAUGCUGCUAAGCCGCAAGGUCCGGCCAGUUUUAUGAGUGUGAUUUCGCAACGGAUCACCAUGAAGGGUUUCAUUGUCUUCGAUCAUGCGAAGCAAUUCCCAGCCGCACUCAAGGAGCUCGGCUCUUGGUUGGCUGAGGGUAAGCUCAAGCGCAAAGAGCAUAUCGUGCCUGGUGGAUUGGAGGCGGCGCCUCAGGGUCUCGUCGACCUCUACGCUGGUGCUAACACUGGUAAAAUGAUGGUUGAGGUAGCGCCGGUCAGCGAGGCAUUGGUUGCAAAGGCCAAGCUGUGA